UAUGAGGAUGGAAUUCGCGUACAGUUGUGGCUGCAACCGAUUGGUUAUGGAUAUGUGUGGCUUAUGGCCAAAGGAUCAUUCGAAUUUUAUCCAAAAAAAUUGGGCCCUCAUUACUGCGAUUGUGAUAUUGAUUGUUAUAAUCAUACCGCGAUUUGCUGCGAUAACUUUAUUCUGGAAUGACAUUGAUGCAGUUGUCCAGUGCUUCUCGACUCAGUUAUUAUUUAUUUCGGUUGUCGUUAAAUUGUUGGUCAUGUACUUUCGCAAUGAAGUUCUAGUUAAUUUGCUGAGGGUGAUGGAAGAAGAUUUUUCAAAAAAUCUAACAACGAUAGAGUACACGAUUGUAUUUGGAACUGCCAAGACUGGCAGAAUGAUUUCCAUUUUCCUAAUUGCCAGUGCCUUCUGUAAUGUCAUCGCUGGUAUCAUCGCAAUGAAAUUGUAUCAUUUGGACAGUCUUUACAUAAAAAAUCCUGAUUCUCGUUUAUCACUGGAUUUUUUUUGGGUAACGUAUCUUCCAUUCAGUACCGAAGACUUCAUUCCUUAUAUAACUGUAUUCGUACUUCAACUGUGUGCAUCUUCAAUCUCUGGUUUUUACUUUAUUUUUGAUUCUUUCGUUGUCAUGCUUAUUCUUCAUGUUUGUGGGCAACUUAAACUUAUCCAAAUAUCACUGAAACAUCUGGGUGAGUCUCUCACCCUCACGGAGGGAAGGAAUUUACGAAUGACCCUUGGAAAUAUUAUGGAGCAGCAUCAGAGAGCCUGUCGAUUUGCCAGGAAUCUGGAACAAUCGUUCAAUUUGGCGUGGUUUUAUGAGCUAACCAGUUGCACCCUGACCCUCUGCUUCCAGACAUACAUCAUCCAAAAGCUCCUGCAUGCAAAUCAGACAAGUAUCUUCCAAAUGGGGUUUCCAAUCUGCGCUGCAGUUGGUAUCCUCAUGAAGUUUUUCCUCAACUGUUGGGCUGGUGAAUACCUCAUAUCACAGAGUUCGGAAAUUGGAUGUUCAUUCUAUGAAACUGAUUGGUAUAAGCUGCCGCCAGCAGAUGCUCGUCUACUGAUGAUGUUUGGUCAUAAGAAGAUGCGGCCAAUCACACUCACUACAGCAAAAUUUUCAAUUUUAUCUUUCAGGCUCUUUGUUCAGGUACUGAAGACUUCAGCCAGUUACCUGUCGAUGCUGCUGGUAGUGGCGGAUCAACCAGACAAAUAGCUCAACUAGUUUCGCAAAUUAUUAUAUAGCGGGGGAAAUGGACGAAUGCAAUACGGAACAAGAGAAGGGCUUGUGUUCGAAAUCACCUAAUGUUUGCAAACGAUUUUUCGUACUCUACGAAUACACUGACACACUGAGAUGGCCUUCGCUUGACUCAAAAACAAAUAUUGCGAUAAUUUUCUAAAAAAUUCGCCAAAGUCUAAGGUCAAAGGUUUGGUGAUCAUAAUAGUUUGGA